GGCAGGAACAGCGGCGGGAAGCGCUGCUGCGCCCGCCGGAAAAGAUCCCGGCGCCCAGAGCCGGCCCCGCCGCCCAGGCCUUUCCGCGCUCGGCCCGCCCGCCAUCCCGCCUCGCCAUGACGGACCGCUACACCAUCCACAGCCAGCUGGAGCACCUGCAGUCCAAGUACAUCGGCACGGGGCACGCCGACACCACCAAGUGGGAGUGGCUGGUGAACCAGCACCGCGACUCGUACUGCUCCUACAUGGGCCACUUCGACCUGCUCAACUACUUCGCCAUCGCCGAGAACGAGAGCAAGGCGCGCGUCCGCUUCAACCUGAUGGAGAAGAUGCUGCAGCCCUGCGGGCCGCCCGCCGACAAGCCCGACGAGUCCUGACCCUCCUCCUCCUCCUCCUCCUGAUGCCGGCCGAUUCUCCGCGCGGUUCCCGCGAAGGACUGACCGGGAGAAGCCUCGCAAAAUGCCUGCCUCCGGACUCUGACUGUGCGGUCGUUCACCUUUUUUCAAGUGGAAUAUAAUAAAGCUUCCUGGGCAUUCCUGA